AUGGCCCAGGCCCUGGGGGAGGACCUGGUGCAACCUUCUGAGCUGCAGGACGACUCCAGUUCUUUGGGGUCUGACUCCGAGCUGAGUGGGCCCAGUCCAUUUCGCCAGGCUGACCGCUAUGGCUUCAUUGGUGGUAGCUCAGCAGAGCCAGGCCCAGGUCACCCUUCAGCAGACCUAAUCCGACAGCGGGAGAUGAAGUGGGUGGAGAUGACCUCGCACUGGGAGAAGACCAUGUCCAGGCGAUAUAAGAAGGUGAAGAUACAGUGCAGGAAAGGUAUCCCCUCGGCCUUGAGGGCCCGCUGCUGGCCGCUGCUGUGCGGCGCUCACGUGUGUCAGCAGAAGAACCCCAGGACCUACCAGGAACUGGCUUCAGCCCCCGGCGACCCUCAGUGGAUGGAGACCAUUGGCAGGGACCUGCACCGCCAGUUCCCUCUGCAUGAGAUGUUUGUGUCACCUCAGGGCCACGGGCAGCAGGGGCUCCUGGAGGUACUCAAGGCCUACACGCUGUAUCGGCCGGAGCAGGGCUACUGCCAGGCCCAGGGCCCUGUGGCCGCUCUUCUGCUCAUGCACCUGCCUCCAGAAGAGGCCUUCUGGUGCCUGGUGCAGAUCUGCGAGGUCUACCUCCCUGGCUACUACGGACCCCACAUGGAGGCCGUUCAGCUGGACGCGCAGGUGUUCUCGGCCCUUCUGCGGAGGCUGCUCCCACGAGUGCACAAGCACCUGCAGCAGGUGGGCGUCGGGCCCCUGCUCUACCUGCCGGAGUGGUUCCUGUGCCUCUUUGCCCGGUCCCUGCCCUUCCCCACGGUGCUACGCAUCUGGGACGCCUUCCUCAGCGAGGGUGUGAAGGUGUUGUUCCGCGUGGGGCUGACACUCGUGCGGCUGGCGCUGGGCACUGCUGAGCAGCGGCUGGCCUGCCCCGGGAUCCUGGAGACCCUGGGUGCCCUUCGAACCAUUUCCCCAUCUCAGCUACAGGAGGAGGUCUUCAUGUCCCAGGUGCACAGUGUGGCAUUGUCGGAGCGCGACCUGCAGCAUGAGAUGCGGGCCCAGCUGGGCCAGCUGCCCACAACAUCACCUGGACCACGACCUCGGCCACAGGCACGUCUAGCAGGGGCUGCAGCCAUCUUUGAGGCCCAGCAGCUGGCAGGGGUGCCAGGGGCCAUCAGGCCGGGCCUCGAAGUGCCCCGCAUCGUGGUACAGCCCCCAGAGGAACCCAAGACCCCUCGGCGAAAGCCCCAAACCCGCGGCAAAACGUUCCAUGGGCUCCUGACUCGGUCGCGGGGUCCCCCUCUAGAAGGCCCCCCCAGAGCUCAUCGGGGCUCCACUUCUUUCCUGGACACUCGCUUUUGA